ACAUGUAAAAUAGUCCACCACCAGAAGAAGAACUUCUCUUUUCCCCUCCUUCCACAGAGCUAGGUGGUUUAGAGCUUCUGUCUAUUAUUAAAAGUGUAGAUUUAUUUGGGUGAAGUUGCAGCGCAGAUAAAAUGUCGUCUUGGAUGAAAUCAUCUGCAGCUGCCAGGCGGCCACCAGUUAACCCAAACGGAAGUGCUCAACAACAGCUGCGUCUGUUUCGGAGAGCAGCGCCAUACCCCACCACCAGAGAGGAGAGGACCGAAGAGAUCAAGGAUGCCUUGGACAGUUAUGAAGAACUGGAGCAAAUGCAAAACUACAGUGGAGGUGUGAAGUAUGAGGGACACAAGCAUCAACAAAAUGCCAAGCCAGAGAGCUGUACCCCAGCAGACAGACGUAAAGCCCUUUAUCAGAAGUUCUACAGACAGGUGCAGGAGGAGAGGAAGCCAGCCGACUGUGUGGUCCUCUCUCUCGCCAGCCAGUGCUUGGAUUACCCCAAAUCGCUAAGCCAGUGCUUGCAGGAGCGUGGCCUGUCAGUGGAAAUGCUCUACCUUCAGGCGGAGUCAGGCCUGACCCGGGCCCUGCAGGAUGUCCGAGCAGACGGCUCCCCGUUAUGUAUUCUGGUGGAGCAGACAAACAUAGCUCUGUCCUCCUGCACUGUUAUCAUAUUCUCAGAAUCCCUCAAAAUUCAUCGCAACAUGCCCAAAGACCAGGCCAUGGACUUUGUUGCAGCAGAGUAUAGCCGUGGAAUUGCCAAAGAGCGCCCACCAAGGGACCCGGCAGACAUUGCAGCACAGGCGUCACAGCUUCUGGAUGAUUUUCUAGACCGAGAAAAGAUUGAGCGCCACGCUGUUCCCUCUGAAACCCGCCAGCUGCUCAUGCUCUUAGCUGAAGGGGUGCAUCUCUACCCUGAGGAGCUGGAAACCAUCUCAGAGUAUGUCAGUUCCCGGCAGGAGCACAUACAAGCCUCCAGCACUGAAGGUGAGAGGGGUAACAAGGUACCUCCAGGACUGGGGAAACCACCGCCUCUGCUACCUACUCCAUCUGGUACCCCUCAACCCCAGUCUGCAGUCGGAGGGCCACCCAUGGUGGAGCGCUCCUCUCCACCUACACCUCUCUUACCUUCACCAGGUUCCUAUCCCAAAACCAAACCUCCUCCACUGUUGUCCUUGCAUCGACCUCCUGGUCUAGGGGUCCCAGUGCCACGAGGCCCUCUGUCUUCACACAGCCUCUACGGUGCUCCCCCUUUAACUCGUGGUCCCCUACUACCCCAUGCUCCUCCAUACCACCCAAGCCCCAGGGGCCCACAUGUGAUUAGAGGGGCACCUCCAUCUCUAAAGAGUUCUCGGCCUCCACUUCUGUCACCUCCAGGUGCUCUUCUUACACGACUGAGUGGCCCCCGUCACUAGCGAAGUCACGGAUACAUCCAGCUUUUUUCUUAUGUCCUUUUUAAAAAUACAAACCACAUCAGUUAGAUGAGAGAGGUGGUAGUUAAUGUUAGAUAUUAUCAUCUUUUUGUGGAUGGAUCGAUGCAAAAUGGCAUGGAGUAUUGUGACAACUGAUCAUUUUCCUGUCAUCAUUGUUCAUUUUUUUCUGCUGCAUUUAUUGCCCAGUCAUCUCAUUAAAAAGUAAAUUAUGUUCUGUGCUUCCAGUUGGCCUUUUUAGACUACAUAGCUUUGGAGUAGAUCACAGUGACAAACUCCACAGGAUAAACACCUGACUUACUGAACAAAAAGGUCCUGGUCAACAAUGGACAGCUAGGCCAUAUUUACAACAACAGAAUAGGUAUUGGUGGUUACAUCAUGGUCCAGAUUCUGUGCAUUAUGAAUACAAGUAGCCUAACAAAAAUGUUUCAAGAUGGUGCUUAGAAUUUUUUAAGCCCUCAAAGACCCUCCUGAGGAGAGGCUAACUGAAAGUUUUUUACACGCUGCGGUUUUGGCUCAAAUUUAAAUUUAUUUAUAUCUAAUUUUAUUUUUGACAUAAGAAGAAGUAAUCAGUGUGAAGAAUUUUGCGUGAUGUGCUUAUCUUACGGUUGCAUGCACUGCUUCUUGCACUUUUUACAGCAAGUCCUCUAUAUUACAUUCAGCUUCACUUCUUGGAUUUGUUGUCUUCACAAACACUCAUGAUAUAUUUCUCUAGAAUGCCUUUUAUGCUGUGUUCAAGUGAUGGAAGAGACACUUGGCCCAAAGGACAACAGCAUAUAGACUAUAGCUAUACACUGUCUUUCUUGGCAGUAAAGCACGAACCCUUUGACAACAUCUUGACUUUUUACUAAGCUUUGCUUUGUCAUCCAGAAUAAAAACGGACCAUUUUAUGUUACAUUAAAACACAAGAGACAUUGACAAAGUACAAACUCCAUUGUUAUCCUGUCAAGCAUUUAUCAAUCAUAUACAAACUCCAAGUAAACAAAUAUUGGCAUGGUGUCUGAUAUUGACAACAGUAGUAAAGCUCCAUUGCAAAACAUCUGGCCAUUCACUCUCACAUUAACUCAGGGGAAAACUCACAGGCAUAGUCCAUAACAAACUGUUUUGUACUUUCUUUUAUAGCUGUUUUUCCUUCUUUACAUUUUUAACUUUUUAUUUGUAUUUACUUUUGUCUCUUUGCUAAGAACUGUAGAAGGCCGUGGCUUGGUUGUUAAUAUUUAUUUGCGGGAUUCAGAUAAUGCAGAAAUACAGUUAUGAAGUCAUCUCUUCCCACCUUAAGUCACUGUAUAUCAGCACCAAUUCAGUUUAUACUUGGUGUUUUUCUUACUUUGGUUGUGAGAAAUGUUCUUGAAAUUCUUGAACGUGUCAAAAUGUUUUCUAAUACAAUGAGAAUUUGGGAAAUCUGGAUUUUCUUCACUGAUUACAAACAAGAAAGAUGCCAUUUUUGUGAAGAAACUUCUUUUUAAAGUGCUGUAUUUUCUUCUGUUUUGUAAAUAUUCAAAUUCUGUAUCUCCCUUUUUUAUUGUGAAUGUUCAUUAACUUUGCGCUGUGGGUUAGUUUUCAACAGAUGUGUUUUCAUUCGAUUGCUAUAGUGAAUGAAUAUUUUGAUUUGAUUUGCUGAGCGUUCCAGUGGUUUUUCUUUU